AUCCUAUAACAUGAACAACUUGAUGGAUGAUUUGAAGUUUCUGUAUCGGACGGCGGGGCAACAAGGCAAAGGCAUUACAUUUAUUUUUACUGACAAUGAAAUCAAGGACGAGAGCUUCCUGGAGUACAUCAACAACAUUCUCAGUUCUGGAGAAAUUUCCAAUCUCUUUGCCAAAGAUGAGAUUGAUGAAAUCACAGGAGAAUUAAUUGCAGUCAUGAAGAAGGAGUUCCCUAAACGUCCACCUUCACAGGAAAACUUGUAUGAUUACUUCAUGUCCCGGGCUAGAGCAAAUCUUCAUACUGUACUGUGUUUCUCCCCAGUAGGAAACAAAUUCCGUGCUCGCUCCCUCAAGUUCCCAGGAUUAAUCUCAGGUUGCACCAUGGACUGGUUCAGCAAAUGGCCACAAGAAGCAUUAGUUGCAGUGUCUACCCACUUUCUGGGUCCAUUUAAAAUGGAGGCUGCACCAGAAGCCAAAAUGAACCUGAUCGAAAUGAUGGGAUCUGUGCAUGAUGGAGUAGCUAAAGUGUGUAAUGAUUAUUUUGAGAG